UCAUCGGAUUCGGAGUACGAUCUCCAAACUUCCAAAGGUAUUCGAAAUUCGAAAUGGAUUGUGGCCAAAGGUUGAAUAUUUGAAUGAUAUUAUUUAGAGUUACUUGGUCAUUUCGUAGAACGACUCUGCCUUAGUGUUGCAUUUGAUUAUGGAUGAAUUUAAAUACAGAGCAAGUCUAAAAUUAGAAGCGCUACAAGAUGCUGCUGUAACAGUUGCAUACAACUCUAGAAGUAAACUAGACGGAGCUAUUCAGAAGAGUAUCGAUGCAAUUCAUAAGAUUCAUGAAAUUAUCCUUGAAAUCUGGAGCCAUGAGAUGGUACUGGAGGGUCGCGAGAGGGCCGCGGUGUGGGGCCGAGAGGCGGUGCGUCGAAUACGGGAGGGAGCGCUGCCCCUCUCACCCAUGGUCCUGCACCGGGAGCUGAUGGCAAUACUUAAGGAUAGAGUAUGGCGGCAGUCGCUGGUGGUGUUCAUGUGUGGCGCGGCGCUAGGCGGAGGCGCCGGCCUGCUACUGGGUCUCCGGGCUGCUCGCCUCCCGCCCGCUUCACCCACCUGCCGCGCGCUCCUCACGCAGCAAGACCACAGCGUCAUGCUGGUAGAAGAUGCUGUGUGUCGAGGUGCGGCUCGCGGUGAGGUGCUAGUGCGCGUGCAGGCCUUCAGCGUGUGCGGCGCGGACCGCGGGGCGCUGCGCGGGAGGGGGGCGGCGCUACGCUCGCUGCUCAGUCGCGCGCCGCUCGCCGUGGGCCGCGGGUUUGCUGGUGUGGUGUUGGACGUGGGGCCCGGCGUGACGGACCUUGAGCUUGGAGACCAGGUGUGGGGCUGCGUCAGCGAGUGGCGCGGCGGAGCAUGCGCCGAGCAGCUGGCCGUCAGGAGCACACACAUCAGCAAGCGCCCCGCGCGGCUCAGUGCCCCGGCGGCCGCGUGUCUGUCGUGGGCCGGGACUCGCGCCCUCGCCGCGCUGUCGGCUGUGCGCCUGCUCGCGGGCUCCCGGGUGCUGGUGUGUGGAGCAGCCAGUGGGGAGGGCUGUGCGGUCCUGCAGCUGGUGGUGGCUCGUGGGGCGAGAGCCACUGCCGCCGCGCGACCUGCAGCUCGGGACCUGCUGGCUGACCUGGGUGGGGCCGAGUUUGUCGAGCUGAGCGACCCAGACAGCCACGUGGCCGCGAGCUGGCUGCCGUUGGAGCAGGAGGCCAGUCGCACGGGGCCCUGGGACGCCGUGCUCGUAUGCCCGGGGGCUCCCGCGGGACCUCCCCCGCGACACACGCUCUUAAAAGCGCGCGCCCCCCACGGCGGUGUUGUGGAGCUCCGCCCCCGAGCUCUCCUCACGGACCGGUUGCCUGCGCCACUGUUCCUCACCUUCGCAGCUGGGUUCUACGUACUGAAGGCACUACGGUGGAUUUGCGGCUGCGGGACGCACACCGACUGGCUGGAGAGCCCGGAGUCGCUGCGAGCGGGGCUUGAGGCGCUCCGGCAGCUGGUGCAGGAGGAGCAGCUGGUGCCCGUGCUGGAUAAGGUGUUCCUUCCCCAAGAGUUUGAAGAAGCGCUGGCGCACGCGUGCAGCGAUCAGGCGGUUGGCACUACUGUCAUACGGUUCCCAUAGGACUCCUAUACUGUGGAGGAAAAUUAUAACAUUAUACACACAGCUACACUCGCAACUCACAAACAGAAAACAAAUUAUACAUCACCUUUUUUGAAGUCUUUAUAAACAUAUUAUAAUAUAUUACUUUUAUUAGAUAUUAAGAAAAUGAAUUCGUGUCAUAGGCGGUUGGCACUGCUGUCAUACAGUUCCCAUAGGAAUCCUAUAGUGUGGAAAAAAAUUAUAACAUUAUACACAAAACUACACUCGCAACUCACAAAGUGAAAACAAAUGAUACACAACAGUUUUGACCUCUUAUACAUAUUAUAAUAUAAUAAGAAUUACUUUUAUUAGAAAAUAAGAAAAUGAAUUCGUGUCAUAGAUGGUUAGGUUAAUUGUAUGUAUAAUGAGUUUUUGUGCUGAUGUACUCUAAGAACCAAUCGUCUCCAUGCCAAAGGGAACAAAUAUGUAUCCAUCACCGAUUGAUGCAUAUCAUUCCGAUUUAGAUUUUCACCAGUUUCCGCCGCUACAUCUUUUUGAAGUUAUACUACUUUUGGCGCGUAAGGAAAUAAAAUCAGAAUGAAUUUUUACGAUGCGUGCGCACACCGACACGCAAAUUCGACACCCUGACGUUAGGUGCUAUAUACAUACCUUCAUACCUUAUUAAUUUCUUCAUUUUGUAUGUGAUGUCAUAUUUAUAAGUGAGCUGCCUUUGCUUGUAAGUGCGAUUUAGACUAAGUUGUUUGACUUAUUGUUAUUAUGUCAGUCCUUCAGAGAGACUAAUACACACCUAAUAUAUUACUACUCGCAAUGCAGAUUAACCUGAAGGUGGAGCCUUAAAUAAAAAGCCUUAAUUUUGCUGAUGUCAGUAAAUCAUUUCAUAGGUUUUGUUAUGAGACCGAACAUAAUAUGAAUUGAGCCCAGACUCUUUUCGAACCAAUAGUUGUUCGUCCAACUAUAAUAAAAUAUUUUCUUAAUACAAUCACGUAACGAUAUUCGUGUAAACCGUCUACUAAACAAUAGUCUAUAUUCGGAAUAAGUACGAAAUAUUUUGAAGAUGUAUUUUUACAUGUGUACCUAAUUUAUUAUAUUGUCAGUGUUUUGAUAAACAUUCUUCCAAAUGUCAUUAGACGCGUACUGACUGUGCGAGCAGCCGCGCGGGCCAAACGCACGCGCUGCCUCGCCACGGCCCGAGCCGAACGUUGUAGGUUUUUGUCCAUGCUUAAAAGUGCCUCGUCAAGUUUGUUUUGCCUUGCUUGUUCGACGAACAACGGAUUCUUUUUCUGGUUCUUAUAGUAAGGGUUUCCUCAAUAUUCUGAACACAGAACUUAGAAGGCCAAAGGCGUUCUCAACAACCCUUCUUGCUCUGACCAGCCUGUAAUUUGUAUUCUUUUUCUUUUUUGUAAAGUAAAAGUUAAGGUUCUUUAUUUGCCAGAAACAUACACAAGUAAAGUUGUUACAAAUUUAAGAGUAGGCACAUGUUUCGUCUUGACAGACAUGCAAAUAUUACAGUGGUUUAUAAUAUUAUAAACUAACACAAUAUAAAUAAUUACUGCUACAUUUAAUUGCCUAAUGUAACGUCGAAAAAGCCAACGUAAAAGUCGAAGGUCUCAUAACGGCCUUAUGUAACACUGGCUAUAAGCAGCAUUAGGCACGUGCUGUCUCUGUUCGACUUCACGUUAAGCUGAGAGCUCGAUGUUGGCUCAGCCUUGCCGUGCGUGGCUGUUUCAUGCAAAAAAUCUAUAGACCGAGGCGGACUCGCCUGGCAAACGUCCGAGGCCUCCUCGCGAGGCUGCUCGCCCAGUCAGUACGGGGCCAUUAAGAGUUAUUCAAAUAAAUUUAUAUCGAUGAACUGAUUAGUUUUGUUGUAUACAUCAGAGUUUAAGUAGUGCAAAAAUAUAUUAAAAUAGGUUACGAAUAAGUUGACAAUAAUAUCCCCCAAAUGUUCCUGGUUCUGAUCCAAUAGAAGCACAAAGUAUGAGACUGUUAUAAUUUAUGUGAUAAUAAUAGGGAAUUCCAACUUUAUCAUGAUGUCGGAUAUGAUUUGAAAUUAAAUUAAGAAAACAUUGGGUAAUUUCCCAAACGGCACUAUGACUGUCUGUGAAACUAAAAUAAAUUCAAUAUUUUAAUAAUAUUGUAACUUCGGUAUAAUAGGAACUUUUUAAGACGAGAAAGUUGUUAAAUAAUUACCUAUAUCUUUUUGUAAUAAUUUAUAUGUGACGUUAUUAAAUCAAUAAUUAAUUAUAUUAUAAUGGAAUUUUUAAUAAUUGUAGGUAGUUUUGUAAAUAAAUUUGUUUAUAGAAAUUA